UCUGAUGAAAGCUUCGUUUGUGAUCGGUGGUGGUGAAUGUAAAUAUAAACCUACAAAUCAGGUUUUGCCGCAUUAUGUAUCCUGGCUGACUAGUACAGAUUGAAAAAUUAAUCCUUAAAUUUAUUAUUUUAUUUUUUUCUAAAUGGCUUGUCCCAUUCAACAAUCAGCGCCCCUCCUGAAUCCAGCGGUACUGGCACUGGACUGGCUCUUGGGCUCCUGGGAGUCGGACGAGCCCGGGGAGGGUUCUUUUCCCACCGUCCCGCCUUUCCGCUACUCGGAGACUUUGCACUUCACCCACGUGGGCCAGCCCGUCAUCAACUUCAUGUUUAAUGCCUUCCAUACAGAGAGUAAAAAACCUAUGCACAGAGAGUGUGGGUUUAUCAGGCUUCAGCCAGGUACAAACAAGGUGGCUUUCAUCAUCGCUCAGAACUCAGGACUGGUGGAAAUUGAGGAGGGGGAGCUCACCGGUCAGCAGGUGUCCCUGCAGACCCAUGCACUGGCCAGAACCUCUUUCUCAAAGGAACCUCACGUUCAGCAGAUCCACAGGGAGUUCCGACUGAGGGGGGACGGCAGACUAGAACAGACGGUCUCCAUGGCUACGAGCGACCAACCCCUGACGCAGCAUUUGCACAUCACGUACCGCAGGUCCUCCUGACAGGGCGCGGGUUCGAGGGGGGUGGAGAAUCUUUCACACGCCCUGCCCCCGGGUUUGGUGUGACGCACAGUUGUUUAGCUCAGCGUUCACGUGAAUUAUUUGAUAGGCUCUGUUAAUCACGCAUCACUUACACUCUGCUAGAUGUUUUCUUUCAUUUGCUGCAUCCUUCAUUAAAUAUUCUCAUUCAGCAGAGAGCUUUUGUCAGUUCUGAUGGCUUGUGCAAUGUGACCUUCAAAGCUUCGAAGAGAAAUACAAAUGUUAGUCACACAAUAGAUCUUGUGAAGAUAACUGCAAAUGUAAUGCACCAUAGGCAUUAACACCAGGGCCAGAGUUGUCCACAUCCUCAUCCAUGCGGUAGAUUUCACAAAAUCAUACUAACUAGCUGUUGGGACUGAAUUGACUUGUUUAUUUCCAUAGUUUGAAUCCUUUUUUGUGUCACUGUAAGAGCUUCAAUGUUUGCAAGAUAUGCUUUUUGUUAAAGCCGUCCAAACUCGAUUUAUACCCAUCCCCUUCAGCUGGCUUGGUGGUGUGGUUAUUUGCAAUUUGAAAAUGUUCCCUCUCCAUUUCAAACUCAAUAUUUUAAUCAGAGACUGUGGCCUUCCAAACCCUAUGGGCAAUUUAAAUGGGUUAUGUGGCAGAAUAAAAAGUGGCUGAUGACUAAC